UGCAGCGCACUCCACUCGGGCGCAGGCGGCUGGGAAGGUGCACAAGAUAUACGCUCUCUAUCAUCGAUCAAGAUGCAGUGUUUCAUUUGUGUUACAUACAUGAUAAUAUUGUGCGGCGCUCAUCCGGCAAAAGAUCGGGAAGUAUCCCCGCAACACGAAAAGCGAUCCCUGUUUCGUGACGUCAUCGAAUCUUUAAGAAUUCACGCUCAGUUACCGGAGGAUUUUAAUCAAAACGAAGAAAAUAAGCUAUCGCAGAACUACGAGAGAUACGGUUACGAAGACGAAGCUCCAGAAAUUGCAAUUGACAGAGGCUUUGUGCCGAGACGUAACGACCGUGUAGAAAUGCCAUCGACGAACUACAGAUUUCCAAAAAGCUUGAAUAAUGAUACGACCGAGAAGAACGAGAGUCCAAAAGAAGAGUUUGUGCUCUAUAUAGAAACGACGUCAGAACCUAAAACUACACAAAAACCUAAAAAAACCAAUCGCCCUUAUCGACCCAACAAUAAAAACAAAAUCCCACUUAAAAACAAACAAAAUGAGGAAGCAGAUGAAGAUGAAGUAGAAAUACCACCUGCUGAAAAUAUUCCAUUGUACAACAAUAUGGCGGGACAAAGUCAAGUUGGUAAUAGAGAAUCACAAACAGUUGUAAAACCAACCGUUAUAAUCAAUAUCCGAGGAACUGUAACACACCAAGAUGGUGAAAUAAGAUUAGGAAGUAGAAAGAACAACGAUACAGCAAUGGAACCGUCCAAAAACGUAUUUCAUAUCAAUCAAGAGAUAAAUGUUGACCGUGCCGAUCGGAAUGUGGGCAAGAGAAAAGAACCUAAUACAAUAAAACACGAAGUGAAGAUUAUUGGGAAAGUGGAAGAGGAUAUGAUGAUGUGUGAGACGGCUACUUGGAGUCCGCAGAAGAAUAGAGAAUCUCGUAAAUCUGAUGUAUUGCAAAUAUUAUUAUCUGUUUAGAGUUUAAAGCGAUUUGCAAUUUUUUUUUCAUAAUUAGAAAUAAAUUAAAUAAAUUCUUCAAUAGUUUAGAUAUAAAAUCGCAUUUAAACUUUGAAAGUCAGAGGUAAUAAAAAUGUGAUCUUAGUCAGAAAAAUAUAAUUAAAUUUAUAAAAUCGUAGGUUUUGGUAUUUAAAAUGCUAUAGUUUCGAAAGUAUAACUUUAUAUACUAGAUAGUAAAUAUCUUAUUUAAACUUUUGUUUUUAUCGAAAAAAUACAGUAUUUAAAAAAAUACUUAUUUCAGUUAUUAUUAAAAAUGUUUUUAUAACUAAAGUAUAGAUCCAAUUCUUACAAGAUUACAUGUAAAAAUACAACUCAUUUUAAUGAUUUUGUUCAAAAUAAAUUAAAUUCUCAAAGUAUCUACCGCAUAAGUUAAAUAGUUAUAAAAAAAAAUCAUGUAAAAAUGUAUUAUAAUAGAAAAAAAUUUGGAUGUCAGUUAUUUUAUUGCAAGAACUGUCAGUUAUUUUAUUGAAAGAGCAAACAUUGAUGCAAAUGAUUUUGUAAUAAUUUUACUUUGAUUCGAUUUAAUUAAUAAAAUAAUUUAGUUACUUGUAGUUAAGGAAAUAAAAUGUUUAAGUAAGUUUUUUUUAGUGUAAUUUUAAUUUAGUAUAAUAAAAAUAAUAUAGUUAAAAACCUAA